AGCCCGCGACGCGAUCCAAAAAUGUCAGUUACAUUUCCGGUGAAUUGACAAUCCCUCUUUCCGUUUUGUUGUAGAAAAGUGUUAGCACUUGAAUUUGUUACCGCUUGGCAUUUAAUGCUACAAAAUGACCAAGGGUACCUCCAGCUUUGGUAAACGUCGUAAUAAGACCCAUACGCUGUGCCGUCGUUGCGGCCGGUCGUCUUAUCACAUCCAGAAGCACACCUGCUCGCAGUGUGGAUACCCAGCGGCCAAGAUCCGUACCUACAACUGGUCGAUCAAGGCUAAGAGGAGGAAGACCACUGGAACUGGCCGCAUGCGUUAUCUGAAGAUUGUGCGCCGUAGGUUCCGCAAUGGUUUCCGUGAAGGACAGGUUGCCAAGCCACGCAAGGCUACCGCAUAAAGAGUACGAAAUGAGAAUACUACUAUGUGAAGUGCGCUGAUUGAUGGAGGAGGAAUAAAUCUAAAAUCAUUCUUAAAAGU